AUGGCCAAGCAAAGGGGUACCGUGGACGAACGCUCCAGACUCCUGGAUUCCCCACAGAGCAACAAAGUCAUCCCGUCAGCCAACGCUCACUAUGACCCCAAACUUUCACCCGGUCCUCAGGAGGAUCCCUUCUCCACCUACUUGGCUGAUAGUGUUCCUAUUCCCGAAGAUGACAAUCAGAUAUUCAGCUUUCGCAAGCUGUGGGCCUUUACAGGGCCUGGCUUCCUAAUGAGUAUUGCCUAUUUGGACCCUGGAAAUAUUGAAUCAGACCUUCAGGCUGGAGCUGUUGCUGGAUUUAAGCUCCUAUGGGUCCUGCUGUGGUCCACCAUACUCGGCCUCCUUCUGCAGCGACUGGCUGCCCGACUUGGUGUUGUCACAGGGAUGCAGUUAGCAGAGGUCUGCCAUCAGCAGUAUCCUAGAGUGCCUCGUAUCAUUCUGUGGCUUAUGGUGGAAGUGGCCAUCAUCGGCUCAGAUAUCCAGGAGGUCAUUGGUUGUGCCAUCUCCUUCAGUCUGCUGUCUGCUGGCAGGAUUCCUCUGUGGGGAGGUGUUCUAAUCACCAUCAGUGACACAUUUUUAUUCUUCUUUCUGGAGAAAUUUAAUUUGAGGAAACUCGAAGCUUUCUUUGGGCUCCUUAUCACCAUUAUGGCUGUCACGUUUGGGUAUGAGUACGUACUGGUGGCCCCAAAUCAGGGGGAGGUCCUAAAGGGUUUGUUUGUGACGUACUGCCCAGGUUGUGGGUCUGCAGAGCUGUUACAAGCCGUGGGAAUCAUUGGCGCCAUCAUAAUGCCCCACAACAUCUAUUUACACUCUGCUCUCGUAAAGUCCCGUCAGAUAGAUCGUGCUAACAAGAAGGAGGUGAGCGAAGCCAACAAAUAUUUCUUCAUAGAGUCCGGCAUUGCGCUUUUUGUCUCCCUCAUCAUCAACAUCUUUGUGAUAGCUGUUUUUGCCGAGGCCUUCUAUGACAAGACCAAUAUGGAAGUGAAUGAAAAGUGUAAUUCAACCGGGAGUGCACAUACAGACCUCUUUCCACUCAACAACGAGACGCUUGACGGAGUUGUUCUGGGCUGUUACUUUGGUCCUGCUGCCCUGUAUAUCUGGGCCAUAGGAAUUCUUGCAGCUGGCCAGAGCUCUACCAUGACUGGGACUUACUCUGGCCAGUACGUCGUGGAAGGUUUUUUUAAUCUCAGGUGUUCCCGUUUUAUUCGGGUGUUUGUUACUCGCUUAAUUGCCAUUGUACCCACUUUGUCCGUGGCUUUUUUUAAGGAUGUACAACACCUGACAGGCAUGAACGACUUUCUCAAUGCGCUACAGAGUGUGCAGUUGCCAUUUGCCCUGAUUCCAGUCCUCACUUUCACCAGCCAGACUUCUCUAAUGAAUGACUUUGCUAACGGCAUAGUAUGGAAAAUCCUUGGAGCGCUGUUCAUUAUAGCAAUCUGUGGCAUAAACGUUUAUUUCGUGGUUGCGUACAUGAUGUCCCUGAACAACGUGUGGGCCUACAUCUUUAUUGCUUACUUUGGCUGCAGCCUGGUCUUUGCCGCCUACCUGGUUCUUGCUGUGAUGGUGGAGGAGCCCAUCCUCAAAGCAAUACAGGCCUCUGUGGCUAUAGGCCUUGAGGCUGAUGAGAGCACAAACGCUGCCAUCAACAGGCAGCUGGAUCUACAUGUCAGAUACAUGGACCAAGAAGGGAAACUGUGGCGCAUGUUCCUAGACCCUGUCAUGGUGCGAGAUGGGACUGCAAACACUAUAGUGGCUGCAGUCAAGGGGGUGCUCCAGUAA